GAGGAGGCAGGGCCUGGCUUAGCCCCGGCGAUGGCGGCCGUCAUGGCGGCGCUGUGGGUGGGUGCCGCGGGCCCAUGAGGCGCUCUCAGUCUUCACCCGGACGCUCCCGGCUCUUGGCAGCGAAGGCGGCUGUCCCGCACGCUUCGUCCCCGGGGCCAUGGCGGGCGUCUUCGACAUCGACCUCGACCAGCCCGAAGAGGCGGCCUCGGACGAGGAGCUGGAGGAAGGGGGUCACUUAAGCGAAAGUAUGGAUCACGGAGGAGUCGGCCCAUAUGACCUCGGCAUGGAACAUUGUGAGAAAUUCGAGAUUUCGGAAACGAGCGUAAACCGAGGUCCUGAGAAGAUCCGGCCAGAGUGCUUUGAGCUGCUCCGUGUUCUUGGCAAAGGGGGCUACGGAAAGGUUUUCCAAGUUCGCAAAGUAACGGGGGCAAACACGAGCAAAAUUUUUGCCAUGAAGGUGCUGAAAAAGGCAAUGAUUGUGAGAAACGCAAAAGACACCGCUCACACCAAAGCCGAGCGGAAUAUCUUGGAGGAAGUCAAGCAUCCGUUUAUCGUCGACUUGAUUUAUGCCUUUCAGACUGGUGGGAAACUCUACCUCAUCCUCGAGUAUCUCAGCGGAGGAGAACUCUUCAUGCAGCUGGAACGAGAGGGGAUAUUUAUGGAAGACACCGCUUGUUUCUACUUGGCUGAAAUUUCAAUGGCUUUGGGACACCUGCAUCAGAAAGGCAUCAUCUACCGUGACUUAAAGCCAGAAAACAUCAUGCUGAAUCACCAAGGUCACGUUAAACUGACUGAUUUUGGACUGUGUAAAGAAUCGAUUCAUGAUGGAACAGUCACACAUACGUUCUGUGGAACAAUAGAAUACAUGGCCCCUGAAAUUCUGAUGAGGAGUGGGCACAACCGUGCCGUGGACUGGUGGAGUUUGGGGGCACUAAUGUAUGACAUGCUGACUGGAGCACCCCCUUUUACUGGGGAGAACCGAAAGAAAACGAUUGAUAAAAUUCUCAAGUGUAAACUCAAUUUGCCUCCCUACCUCACACAAGAAGCCAGAGAUCUGCUUAAAAAGCUGCUAAAGAGAAAUGCUGCCUCUCGUCUAGGAGCUGGUCCUGGAGACGCUGGAGAAGUUCAGGGUCAUCCCUUCUUCAGACACAUCAGUUGGGAAGAACUGCUAGCUCGGAAGGUGGAGCCACCUUUUAAACCCUUAUUGCCCAGUUGUCCAAAAAGGGACCCUCCAGUGGCGGCGGCAGAACUCCAGCAGGACUUCCAGCAAUCCGAAGAAGACGUGAGCCAAUUUGAUGCAAAAUUUACACGUCAGACUCCUGUCGAUAGCCCGGAUGACUCGACCCUCAGCGAAAGUGCCAACCAAGUUUUCGUGGGUUUCACGUAUGUGGCUCCCUCCGUACUUGAAAGCGUAAAAGAGAAGUUUUCCUUUGAACCAAAAAUCCGGUCACCGCGCAGAUUCAUUGGCAGUCCUCGGACCCCCAUCAGCCCUGUCAAGUUCUCUCCGGGCGACUUUUGGGGACGAGGCGGUUCCUCCGGCGUGGCCAAUCCUCAGCUGCCCGUGGACUACCCGAUGGAGACAGGUGGGAUCGAACAGAUGGAUGUAACAGUCUGCGGAGAAGCCUCAGCUCCGCUUCCGAUCCGGCAGCCCAACACGGGGCCGUACAAAAAGCAGGCCUUCCCCAUCAUUUCCAAACGACCAGAGCACUUGCGCAUGAACCUAUGACACCAUCGACCGCAGUCCUUUUCCCCGAAACCCGGCUUGAGCGACGGCAGAAGAGAAGGACAGCUCUCUGCAAGGGCAGCCAUGCCUCACCGCCCACCCUCCUGCCAAAAGACGAAACCUCUCGUGGCUUUUUUUUUCUCCCCACCCCCCUCCCUCUCAGUGAUGGUAUCAAGUUAGUCAUUGCACAGAAUAACGGAAAAGAAGAAUGAAAAAAAUGGAUUUCCCUUCCCUCCCUCCUUCCCUGCUUCCUUCCUUCCUUCCUUCCUUCCCUCCCUCCCUGCUUCCUUCCUUCCUUCCCUCCCUCCUCCUUUCUCUUUCUCCCCACCUCCUCACUCCCUCCUUUGAAUCAAUGGUGCAUAAAGACAGGACGUGAGCAAAAAAAAAAAAAUGGUAUUACACAACUUAGGCACAGCAGCUAACCGAUAACGCAGCGUGGUAUCUUUUCCGCUCUAUCAAAGAUUCCCCCCCCCCCCACAAGUCAAUCGCUUGAAGUUAACGGGGUGGAGAGUAGACUCUGGCUGUCCUGCAUGGUUGUGCCCGCAGGGGAAGUCAAUGCCCCCUGGGCAAAUGUGCAGAAUGCCAACCUGGCUGUUUCCUACCUGAUCCCACCCAAGUUCCUUCAGGUGGCUUCCUGCAAUUUUAAGAAAUUAUCGGUGGUCCGAGGCUUAACUCCAACCAUUAGGAUUCCACGUGCAAAAACAAUCUAAACGAAUCUUUUUUUAAAAAAAGAAAAUUAUAUAUAUAUAUACAUAUAUAUAAAUCUAUAUUUUUCAACUAGUUUUUUUUCCCCCCUCCCCUUUUAGAAGGGGCUCAUUAUGAAAAGUCUGCCACAAGUUGGAACAUUAUGGAAUUAUUGAUUUCCCGCAGCAAAGAGAGAGAACAAGCUAGCAAGACUUAACAUUUCUUAUUAUAUUUGAAAUAAUGGUUUUGUAAAAAAAAAAAAAAAAAAGAUAAUAAUAAUAAAUCACUGUUAAUUACGUUGCCAAGAUUGAUAGGGUAAGGGUUUUACCCUCUUCAUCUGGUUUAAAUGUUUUUUUUUCCUUUUUUUUUUUUUUUUGUCUUGUCUUGAUUCGUUUUUAAAAGGAUCCCCUCAGGCUGUUGACUGCGCUAAAACCUUGGCUCGUGUGCGGACGUCCCGUGUUUUAAUCCGAGGUCUUUGUGACGUUUUUCCCUGCCCUCCCCCAAGCUCAAGUUUUGCCCUGCUGGCCUGGAGUUCUGUGGGUGUAUUGAAUUCCAGGUGUCUUGUCUUAUAUUCUCAUCAUUCUGAACAAAAAUCUGGCCAUCGGGAACUUCGUCUCUUUUUUAUGCUGGUUAUAUAGUUUGCUCAAGACCCUGGCACGUGCCAAGGAAGGCUUAAACCUAUCACAAAAGGGGCACAAGCUUCAGCAGACGGCUUAUCUUUUUUUUAAAAAAAAUAAAGACCUGCACACAUAUCUAUUGGUGUUGCAGCCGAUUGGUAAUGCUCAGAAGAGAUGGUUUACCCCGUAAUUGUUCCAUUGCUCAUCCGUGAUGGACGACCGUGUAACUUCUCUGCUGGGGCAAGCCCAUCCGUUGAUUGUAUUGAGGGGAUAAAAGGGAAAAAGGAAAAAGAAAAAGAAAAACACACAACAAGUAUUACGAUGGCCUUCGACGAAUGUCUUCCAGAGAACUUUUUGCAAUUUAAUUUUUAGGAAAUGUUCAGAAGAUUUGCUAUUUAUGUUUCUGCGAGUGUUAUUGAAGAAAGAAAAAGAAAGAAAGAAAACCUGUACACAAAUGACUAUACCGUCACAGGUACAAAGAAUUAAAUAAAGGUAACUUUACCUUAACUUAAAUACUUCCUGCCUUAAAGAAAGCAUUUCCAUGGCUACAGCUGGUGAAAGGGUGAAUUGUGGUCCACAGAGCUUUACUCUAGGGUAGAGUGUGGGUGAGUGUGAAUUGUUGGGACAAGGUGGGCAUCCUUUUGAUUGGUUUCCCUCCCCUUCGUUACACCUGGUCAGUCUGCAAUCGUGGCUACUUAGAGGGUUUUUGUGAUGUUUUGUUGUGCUUCUCUCCUUGAGCCAUAGGAUCUGAGCCAUAAUUAUAUUUUUAUUUGAAACUAGCCAGAACCUCUUCUGUGGGUUUUUCUCCCCAACUGGACUUCCACAUCUCGGAUCCAAGCCGUUCCAGAAGUCGGGGGGGCCGUGUUGAGGGGAGGGGGGGAUUGUUGAGCAUGGCCUCACCUCUGUUGAGUGUAGAGCUGUCUACCUUGGCUUCCCCCUCCAGAUGCAAAAUUAAAAGACACAAUCCUGGAAAACGAAAGACCCACUGAAAAGUGGGGGUGUGAUUCUCCUUUAGGUAGCUCUGGAGCCUGUUCAGGUUCUAAAACAAGGAACUCUCCAGAUGUGGCCACUUUAAGACUUAGGGACUUCCCCUCUCAGAAUUCUCCAGCCAUCUUGACUGGCUGAGAAAUUCUGGGGCUUGAAGUCCACAAGCCUUAAAGUGGGUCUCCAAACUUGGGCUACUUUAAGAUUUGGGGAGUUCAAUUCCCAGAGAUCCUCAGUCAGCAUGACUCGCUGGUGAAUUCUGGGACUUGAAGUCCACAAGCCUUAAAAGUGGCCAAGUCUGGAGACCCCCGUCUUAAAGCCUGCUGGCUGGGGAAUUCUGGGAAUUGAAGCCCACAAGUCUUUAAAGUGAGCAAGCUUGGGGACUCCUAGAACAUGAGAUUUAAUUCCUGUGGACCAGCAAUCUCCUAAAUUUUGCAUGGGCCACUCCAAAAUGAGACCCUUUCCCAUGUCCCCAAGCAUCAAUUAAUGUCAUGUGAAUAGUGAGACAUUUCUGGAUGAGGGUAGGAUCUGAGUGUGAGCUAGAUCGGGGAUCUUCCACUGUUGUUCUACCACGGGCACCUGCUUCGGAUUUAGUGUCCGGUGUCAUAUCAACUAACUAAUCACGGCAUUGUUUCCUUUUGCAGAGGAAUAGUAGCACAAUUGGGGAAGAGUCCGAAAGGGGAGGGGAGGGAAGAGGAGGGAGACUCCGGUUUGUGGUCCUCAGUCACACGAAGACCGCCAUUGUCUGAGGGAGGAUCUUGACAGGCCCAGGAAAAAGGGGGCUUGCUUGCUUUCUCCUGUGUCCUUUGGAAAACCCAGCUGUUAGCCGGCCCUCUGGCUCUAGAAAACAGCCUUUCCCAACCUUGCUCAUUUCCAGGUGUGUGAACUUCCAACUCCCAGAAUUCCACAGCCAGCAUGACCUAUUGAGAAGAAUUCUUGGGGUGGAAGGUCCAUAUAUACCUGGAAAUAGCCGAGCCUUGGAAAGGCAUCCAGUGGGACAGGUAGAACUUUUUUCCUUGUCUGAACCAUGAAAAAGGUAGUUCUUCCUAUGGAGGCGCGCGCGCACACGCACACACACACACACACACACAAUCCCGUGAAAACUGGAUUUGGAGUGGUGCAGGAUGCUCACCUUUCGGUGUUUGGCGAGUUCCUUCUCUGUGGCUGGCUACAAUCACCUUGCGUAUGUUGUGUGCUGUAGCUUAAGUAGACCUCUUUUAGCCGAGGGAUUAGCAGAGGAAAUCUAGCAGUGUGUUUGAUGGAAUUGUGUCAUUGGCUAGCCAACCUUGUGUAACUUUUAAGAUCAGUGGACUUCAAUUCCCAGAAUUCCCUAGCCAGCCAUGGCUGGCUGGGGAAUUCUGGGAAUUCAAAUCCACCAGUCUUUAAAAGUUGCCAGAGUUGGGACACCCCCAAGGUUAGAUAUUUCACGUGCCCCUUUUGAUCUUUUUUAAAAAAAACUGUGAAAAACUUGGAAUUGCGAUUUGGGACAGUUAAGCGCACACACUAUGCAAUUUGGGUGGUCUUGUAUUUAUUUGUAUAAAGAAUCAAUUUCCCGACCUGGAUUCCUGCCCUUCUUGUAGAUAAUAGCUAUUGUGUCAACUUCAGAGAGAGCGUGAUUCUCUCAUGAAAAAACCACAACCAUCUAUGGAAAUGUCUAUUGGAGAAAUUAAGUGCUUUCUUUAACAAUGUCUUAAAAAAAAAAAAAGGUUUCCAUUGGGGUAUAGUAAUUCAGAUUUAUUUUAUACGAUCUGUGCUUUUUUAAUUAUAAUCUUGGGGUUUUUUGCUAUCGUUUGAUUUUUUUAUAGAUUUUUGUAUCCUUCUAUAAAGAAGAAAUUAACGGGGGUUAAUACCUGCUGAAGCUAACAACAUAUAUAUAUAUAUAUAUUAAGUAUUAAAUCUUGAUGACUUGAACCAUGUUUUCGUUCGGCUAAGAAUCAGUGCUGAUUGUAUACUAGAGUUUGCUUUGAGGAAAUAAUAAGAAAUAAUUUGAAAGGGUCGGCUUGCCUGACGUGUUAGGGGCAGGCAUUGGAUCGCUUGGUUGUCCAUCUGUGGGCAUGGACGCUUCUGGCGUGCCAAGCUUGUUUUGGUGCCCUCAGCUGUCAAGCUUCCUCCAGGCAUUGUGGGUCACAGUUUCCCUUGUAUUCUAACCAAGUUAAGGCGAACAUGUUCAAGUCUAUAGUGUUAAUCUUGUUCCUAUGAUCCCGGGAGAAACUAUCCAUGUGUUAAGAGUAGGGGGUCCCCAAUCCCCUGGGCCUUGGCCCCCGGUAACUGGGUGGCAGCCUGUUCGGGAUGGGCUGCACAAGUGGCAGGCAGCUCCAUUUGCGCGAGCGGCAGGCACUUGCGCAAAUGGAACUUCACGUGCGCAUGUGAGUGACAGCCGCUGGUGCACGUGGAGCUGCAGUUGCGUGUACCUGCUACUCUCAUAGGACCAUAGGACCAACUUUCGUAGAAGCUCUGUAGAUGACAAUCUUCAGGGAGGAAACAGGUGAUCUCCUUCCCCAGCCUGAAGCCACCUGCUCCUAUCUGAUUGAGCCAGGAGGAGCCUGCAGAAGGCUGUUCCUAUGAUCCAAGGGACAGGAUGUCACAGAACUGGCCUCUCAAGCGGCCAGAGGUGGACUAGUGGGGGGUGGGGUCUACUGCUUUCCCUACCAUGUUGGCCCAAGGUGUGUUUACCUGCAUUGGUGCUGUAGGAGAAAAAGGGGAGAAUGUAGGUAUGUUUUGAAUAAUGUAGGACAGUGAUGGCAAAUCUGUUUGGCACUAAGUGACCAAACUGGGCUUGUACGCCGGAGCACCGGAAACACAAAGACCAUCGGACUCGUGCAUGCUGGCCACCUGGUCUUUGGGUUUCCAGCGCUCGCAUGCGCGCUGGCCAGAUGGCCUUUGUGAGCGCUUGAAACCAAUAGACCAGAUGGCCGGCAUGCAUGAGUCAUAUGGUCUUCGGGUCUGGCGCUCCGGCAAAUGCGCAGACCAGCUGGCUGGUGCGCUUGCGGGCGCUGGAAACCAGAAAAGCAGCUGGUGACCGCGCACAUGCCCACAGAGAGGGCUCUGCAUGCCACGUCUGGCACACAUGCCAUAGGUUCGCCAUCUUGGAUCUACAGACUGUGGGGUCCUUGGUGCUCUCUGAGCUUGGCGGUUUUCUUGCAAACGUUUCUUGACCCAACUAGGUGACCUCAUCAGUGCAAAACCCCACUCCCUUCUAGCGCUGAUGAGGUUACCUACCUGGGUCAUGAAACGUCUGCAAAGAAAACCACCAAGCUCAGAGAGCCCCAAGGGACCCCCAAGGUCCAACCCUGAGCUACAAAUAUCCUCUUCUGCUGAUAACCUAGGACUGCUGUGUACGCAGGUCGGAAGGGCAGCAGCUGUGUGUAAAACUGUAGUUCAGAUUGGUGACUUUCUCGGUCCUUUCUGGCUGUAAGGUGUGCAAAUUUGUCUAGCAACACCAGUCACCUGGAAGGCAGAGCCAAGGCUUGUUAAUCCCCGUUGAAAUAGAAGCUGUGUCCUGGAUGUGUUGAUGACAACAUUGCGUAAGCCAGGAUAAAGCUUUUAAGCUUUCGGAAGGAUGAAACGAUGCAGGGUUCAUUCUAGCCAUCUUACCCGGUGUACCUUCAGUCAUUAAAACGUCUGCACCCUGGUACUUUUAAGGAAGGGAGGAGGGGAUGGGAAGAGCUCAACAAAGUGAUGCACAAUGACAGCUUUUCACCUGUACCCUUUUUUUAAAAAAACCGUAUGUUCUUUCUGCAACACUUUUAGCUGGCUGUGUUAACCAUCCAUUACGAAUCCGACUACAGCUGCCUUACAAGGAAUGGUAUGAGGGUUCUUACCUCAUUCUGUACUAUUUACUGUAAUAAAAUAUACUUGAUUUCAAAACAGAUGGGUGUAAAUAGCAAUUAAAUGCAACUUUGGACAAACGA